AUGAAAUCGCCCUCCACAGUGAAGGAAAUACAAAGUCUGAUGGGCAGAGCAGCGGCCCUCAACCGAUUCCUCUCGAGAUCAACUGACAAGUGCAGACCAUUCUUCAAAGCUUUGAAGAAAGGACAAAAAGACAAAUGGGACGAGGAGUGCGAAGUAGCUUUCCAGAGUCUGAAGACUUACCUCACCUCACCUCCUCUGCUCUCAAAGCCAGUCCCUGGUGAGGACUUGUUUGUAUACCUGCUAAGCCAAUAUAACCUCCUCUACCGGCCAAAAACUGCAAUAAAAGCCCAUGCUUUAGCAGACUUCGUCGCAGAAUUCACUGUAUCAGCCGAAAAAGAGAAGUUGGUCAAACAAAAGAAGGAAAGUUCAAAAGCAGGCGGGACCUCCGCAGAACCUAGCCAACCCAGAGACAUGUGGCAAUUGCGCGUAGACGGAGCGUCGAACCAAAAAGGAGCUGAAGCAGGGGUCGUCCUCACCACCCUGGAUGGAACCCUGUUGGAGCAAGCUAUUACGCUUGGCUUCCCGGCCUCGAACAACGAGGCAGAAUACGAGGCAUUGCUCUCCGGCCUACGCUUGGCAAAAGAGCUCAUAAUCAAAAAGCUAGCCAUCUACUCAGACUCACAAUUGAUCACGAAUCAAGCCUCAGGUGAAUACAUGGCAAAGCACCCAAGGAUGAUCUUGUACCUUGACAAAGUCCAAGAGCUGUUGAAGGUAUUUCCCACCUUCACCAUCCAACAAGUGCCCCGGGCAGAGAACGCUCAUGUAGACGCACUGGCAAGCCUAGGAUCAGUGCUGGAUACCCAGUUUAGACGCUCCAUCCCGGUCGAACACCUUGACCGACCAAGCAUUAAAGAAAUGGAGCUAAUCGAUACCAUGCAGAUUGACGAGGACCCCAGUUGGCAAGACCCCAUCAUCGACUAUUUGACGAAUGGAAACCUGUCAACGGACAAGUCCGAAGCUAGAAAGGUCCAGCAGAAGGCCGCGAGAUACUACAUGCACGGCAACAAGCUCAUCCGCAGAUCAUACUCCGGCCCUCAUCUCACCUGCAUAAAGUACCCACAAACACUUGAGGUUCUCUGCAAAAUUCACGACGGCGAGUGUGGCAACCACUCUGUGGGCAGGUCGCUGGCCCAGAAAGCUCUAAACAUAGGAUACUUCUGGCCUACCAUGCGUCACGACUCCGCUGAAUAUGUCAAGAAGUGUGAUAGCUUCGAUGUGGAGCGAUUCAUCUGGAGAAACAUCAUAUGCCGGUUUGGCUGCCCACAGUCGCUGGUUACCGACAAUGGCUCACAGUUCAUUGGCAAGCAGAUCGCCGCCUUUUUUGCGAAAUACAAGAUCAAGCAACACUUGUCCACCCUGAGGUAUCCACAAGGAAAUGGACAAGCCGAGGCAUCCAACAAAGUCAUAUUGGACUACUUGAAGAAAAGGCUGGAAUGCGCCGAAGGAAAAUGGGUGGAUGAACUCCCCGGAGUACUAUGGGCUUAUCGCACCACCAAACGAAGAUCGACUGGUGAAACCCCAUUCUCCCUCGCCUAUGGAACAGAAGCGAUCAUGCCACCUCACAUCACUGUCCCCUCCAUAAGCUUGGAAGUGGGCAGUGUUGAUCAGAACUCCGAGCAGAUGAGGCUCAACCUCGACUUACUUGAAGGCGAACGUGAGAAGACCAUUAUCCAGGUCACCUCCUAUCAGCAACAGUUGAAGUCUUACCACGACAAGAGAGCUAAGGUCAGACAGUUUCAACCAGGCGACCUCGUGCUAAGAAAGGCUUUCAUUACUGCACCGAGGCAAGGGUUAAAAAAGAUGAAUCCUAACUGGGAGGGUCCUUACAUGAUCAGCCAGUCUGGGGGCAGAGGAAGCUACACACUCGACACUAUGGAGGGGAAGGAAAUACCACGACAAUGGAAUGCUCACCAUCUUCGAACGUAA